AUGGCGCCUGCAGUACUGAUCGGUGAGUUGAGCGACACCGCCGCCGAUGGAUUCUCCAAGGCCGACACUACAUCCAAACCACUCAAGUCUUCAAAGUCACCGCUGCCGGAGGUGAUGGAGCUGGACAGUGCCUCGGCGACGGUUGAGGAUGUUGUCGCCGCACUCAAAGUCGCCGGUGGAGUCAUCGUGCGCAACUUUCUACGUUCAGAGGAGGUAAACCGCAUACUGGAAGACGUCAAUCCAUACCUGGAAGCGGACAAGCCUUGGGAUGGAGACUUCUUCCCACCGGAAACUCGCCGAGCUUUUGGCAUGAUGGGCAAGUCCCGCACGUUUGCCACGUCGAUCGUCGGAAGUCCCCUUUGGCUGGGCGUCACCGAUGCGCUGCUCACGAGCCACAGCAAAUACAACUGGGUCGGCGACAACAACGAAGAGAGCAUCAGUGCCCCCCAAGUCCACAACACCAUCGUCUUCCGUAUCGGACCUGGUGCAAGAGCUCAAGCCCUCCAUCGCGACGACGGCCCUCAUUACCCAGACCAUCGUGCUGUCCCCGAACACGUUCUCGGAAGAGACAGUGGCAUUGGGCUGUUCGUGGCAGGUACCAAGGCCACCAAAGCCAACGGUGCCACUCGUUUUAUUCCCGGGUCGCAUCUGUGGGAUUACCGAGAAGGUCCGCCGAGGGAAGACCAGAUCGUCCAACCGGAACUCAAUCCAGGCGACGCUUUCAUGAUGCUGUCGGGGUGCUUCCACGGAGGGUCGGCCAACACGACAGAGGACGAAUAUCGCAUUCUUCUCUCGACAUUCAGUACCAGGGGUUGGCUGCGGCAAGAAGAGAAUCAAUAUCUGUCGAACAGCAUUGAGUCGAUCAAGGACCUCCCUCCAGCCCUUCAAGAGCGCAUGGGGUAUGGUUUGAGUCGACCAUUUCUGGGAUGGGUAGAACUCAAAAGCCCCAUGUUGUUGCUCCAUCCAGAGUCUUCAAAACAUCAGAAGGAUCUCUGGGGAUCGUAG